AUGGUGGCUCCAACUGCUUUAAAGAAAAACAUCACUAAUGAAAAUACAUCCACAACUAGUAGGAUCGUUGGUAUUAAUAACACUGAAAAUAUCGAGGAAGAAGAUGACGAUGAUGUCUUAUUAGGUAAUGAAGAGGAUACAGAAGAAGUUACCAAAACCGAGGAUUCUGAAGAACCUGAACAAAAAGCUGAAGCUACUGGGGUUGUAUUAGAUGCAGAAGGUAAACCAAGAUUUGGUGCUGCUAAUAAAUCCAAACAAACCAAAGUUAAAUUAGAAAGCCGAAAAGUAGCAGUUCCACCACAUAGAAUGACUCCAUUAAGAAAUAAUUGGCCCAAGAUAUACCCCCCUCUCGUAGAUCAUUUGAAAUUACAAGUCAGAAUGAAUUUAAGAACAAAAAGUGUGGAAUUAAGAACUCAUCCAAAACAUACCACUGAUCCAGGUGCUCUUCAAAAAGGUGCUGAUUUUAUUAAAGCUUUCACUUUAGGGUUUGAUCUAGAUGAUUCUAUCGCUUUGUUAAGACUAGAUGAUUUAUAUAUUGAAACUUUCGAGGUUAAAGAUGUCAAGACCUUAACUGGUGAUCAUUUAUCUAGAGCAAUUGGUCGUAUUGCUGGUAAAGAUGGUAAAACUAAGUUUGCUAUUGAAAAUGCUACAAGAACAAGAAUUGUUUUAGCAGAUUCUAAAAUUCACAUUUUGGGUGGGUUUACACAUAUAAGAAUGGCUAGAGAAUCUAUAGUAAGUUUAAUUUUAGGUUCUCCACCAGGAAAAGUCUACGGUGGUUUACGUACUGUUGCUUCUAGGCUUAAGGAACGUUACUGA